GCUUCCUGUUCUCCGCUCUCUUGGUACCUGGAAGAAUUCAUCGGGAAUUCAGUCACAAAGACAUGUCAAAGAGAAGACCACGAGAACUCGCUUAUAACACUCCAAGUAAACAGGAUAAGCCAUGUGAUAUGUCGUGCUUACUCGGCGCGAAUAAUGCUUAAUAAACACUUCUCUCCUCCCCCACUCAUCCGCAUCCCCACGUUAUCCCAUCCGCAACAAAACAAAGUGUCUCCAACUCUUCCAUCAACCUUCCUACUUCAAAGAAUUAAUUCCAAACCCCCCGCCACCCCAUUUUCAUCACGAUCAUGACAUCUCAAGCCUUCUCCCCCUUCCUUUCUAUCGUGCGUGCACUGCUAGUACUACUGCCUUUCUCCUUCUUCCUCUUCCUACUGCUACUACUACUGUCACCACCACGCCGGUGCCGCGGCUGCUACUACUUCUUAAACAUCAAAACUCGCACUGCUAAAAAAAACCCCCCACCACCACUCCUCCCCCAUAGAUUCGCUAAUCCUUCUUCUACCCAAAGCUUUAGGGCAAAUAAUCUUAUCUCUAAAAAAUAUGAAAAGUUGGAGGAGAAGUCGUUUAUGUAUCCAAGUUGGAAAAAAACAUUAGAAACAGCAAUAGUAGAAGAAAAAGAAAAAAACAACAACACACAUUUGCUCCUCAUUCCUUUAAUAAUUUUUAUUUUAGGAUCAAAGGUAGGGCAAGGUUUAUUGAUUGGUUAA